UGUUCUCGCUCUCUGCUACCAUCUGCUUGGCUGAGCUCACAUCAUACAGCAGACGGUGCAUUGCACACACAUACAGGCACACGUGGUGCUCCAUCGUCCCCUCUGUCCUUGCGUCUCUCUUCUCUCCUCUAACAUUAAUCAUCUCUUCUUGCUACUCUCAUUAUGAAAGCACAGGAUUAAAAAGAAGACAUCCUCCAUUCAUCUGUCUUUAUUUUUUGGCUCAUUUUUGGUAGAUCAGGACUGAAGGAUGUUCGUUUCAGUGGCAGCAGUUCUUGGAGCGACCCUGGGAACUGUGUCUGGAGCGCUCACACUCUGCGGCCUGUCACUGCUCUGCAAGAACUGCAAGAAGAACAAAUUUGACAAAGAUGACAGCUCAGACUCAGAGAGAGCAAAAGCCAGCAUCUUACACACACUCACACAGUUCAGUGUGCAGAAAUCUACAGAGCCAAUUCAGCCACAGACGCUGCUAAAGUUCCCCAAGAUCUACAAACCUAAGCCAUCUGUCACAUCUCCUGAGGUAAUGAACUACAGUGAAAAUGCUGUGACCUCUGAGAAAGUUCUUGCUAAGCCUGACAGCUGUGAUCACGGAGUGGACGAAGAUAAAGAGGUCACUGCUCUCACACGGCAAGAUUCCACAGAUGAGACACCUUGUGCUGUCGAACAAUCCAAUGCAAUUCCAAGCAGCUCUUUACUGCACCCUAAACUGCAUUUCUCUCUUCGCCUGCACACAGAGAGCAAAGAGCUGCACAUCACCAUCAUAGAGGCUGAGCAAGUAAGCAUGGAGAGUGGCAGUGAGGGCUAUGUGUCUGGUUGUGUGAGUGUGUUUGGAGAACAGAGGCUUGCCCAGACAGCAGUACGCAAGCUAGCGUCAAGAGUGCAGUGGGGUGAGGCUAUGGUGUUCUCCCUUCCCAGUAGCUGUAGCACAGAAAGCACAGAGAGCAUGGAGGGAGAGGUGGCACUGACCUUACACAUCUGCGACCGGUUCUCUCGGAACACCACUCUGGGCACUGUGAGGUUCAAACUGGCAGAUGUGGGCAUGAUGUCAGAUGCCGACUGUUGGGUCAACCUGCAGCCACCCAAACAGAUGGAAGUGCAUUCAACAGGGGAGCUUUUGCUGUCACUAAGCUACCUGCCGGCAGCAAACAGGCUGGGAGUGGUGGUGAUGAAGGCACGAGGACUGCAGUCUGAUAAACUUAAAGACACUAUAGACCUGUCAGUGAAGCUGACUCUGAAGCAUCAGAGCACCAAGCUAAAGAAGAAGCAGACGCGGCGCGUCAAGCACAAAAUCAACCCGGUGUGGAAUGAGAUGAUGAUGCUAGAGCUCCCCAGAGAGCUACUGACCAAGUCCAGCUUAGACCUGGAGGUGCUGAACCAGGCGAGCCCUGGCACACUGCUCCCACUUGGGCGCUGUCAGCUCGGGCUCCAGUUCUCAGGCACUGGCCUCCAACACUGGCAACAGAUGCUGGAUAACCCACGCAAACAGAUCGCCAUGUGGCAUCCUCUGCAUGCUUAAAAUAAAAUGCUAAAAAUCUAGUGUAUACAAUGCAUAGUUAAAUGUUGUUUGUUCAUAUUUAUUAGUAUUGCUUUAUUCCUGUGCAAUAAUAUGUAAUUUUAAUGUCUAAACUGUUAAUAUCCACUGCUCAGCUGAACCACAGGGUACACUGUUAAUGUUACUGAUUCUACAGGGACAAUGAUAUACAGGUGAAUUUAUAGAUGAUUACAUUGUGAUGAAUAUUCUACCAUAUAUAUCCAAAGUAGCAUAUUUAGCCUUCGUGAUUGCAUCACAUCCUCCAUCCACAACCAAAUGAAAUCAUUUGGGCAUUAUUUAAGGCUAGGCCUGAAUUUGAUUUGAUUAGACUUCAUUUAGAUCUGGAGUGCUGUGAUUUGGUUAGUCAACCAAACCAACCAACUGAAAGGAUUUUGUCCUAAGUAAAGAACCACAUAGACAGUUUUCCUCUGCACUCAAAAGGUUUACUAAAAUUAUUAUUAUUAUUAUUAUUAUUUGCUGUUGCUGUUGUUGUUAAUUAAAUUGCAUAAUAAUAAUCAUGAUCACCAUCACACAUUGUAUAUGUAAUAAUAAAUGUAAAAGCAGCUCGUUGCAUUUAUGAUACACAGUAUUCGCUUUCCACAUUUUUGGAUAUACUGAUAUGUUGAGUAUAAUGAUGUAUGAGAGUAGAACUCCUCUGUCUUGUAUAUAAACAUGACGAUAUACUGUGAUGAAUUUAUGUCUUGGUACAGUGUCCACAUAUUUCAUAAACUGAUCAAGUUACUCCCAUGAUAACAGUAAUUAUUAUGAUAAUAUACUGUAUACACUAAUAUGCUUAAAUGUGCAAUAAAGAUUUAGUAGACCCUAGUUUUACAGUACAGUAGCUCCAAAAUAAAUUAUUUUGAAAAAUGUUAACAGGUUCUAAUUAAAACAUUUAUGUUGGAAUAUUUUGCUAUAGAUGAAUGGAAAUAUUUAUUCAGGAUAAAUGAAUGAUACAGCAGAUGUGCAGAAAUAAAAGUGGACUCUAAGAUG